AUGGCGAAUAAAGUACUCAUGCUGCAUGGGUAUGCUCAGUCCGGAUCGAUAUUUUAUGCGAAAAGCAGCGGGUUUCGUAAGAGCCUGGCAAAGCUCGGUUACGAGCUGUACUAUCCAUGUGCACCAAAUAGAAUCGCAGGUGCCGAUAUAAGAGACAUGAGCGAGCUAGCAGCUACUUUCAACACCCAAGCUGGAACCGACGAUAUUUUUGGAUGGUGGCUCAAAGAUCCUAACGAUCAGUACAAGGUCCCUCAGAAGACGAUAGAUUUUUUACACGACUACAUCAUAGAGAAUGGGCCUUUCGACGGUAUUAUGGGCUUUAGCCAGGGCGCGGGCUACGCUGGGUAUCUAUGUAGUGACGUGCGUAAGCUGCUGAAUUUGACCGAAGAACAGCAGCCUGAUUUCAAGUUCUUCGUCAGCUUUAGCGGAUUCCGGAUGGCUCCCGAAUGGUUCCAAGAACAGUACAAUAAGAGCCCAAUAACAGUGCCCUCACUGCACGUCUUGGGCGAACUAGAUACUGUGGUGGAAAGCUCCAGGGUUAUGCGACUCUACGAAUCCUGCUCUCCAGAAAGCAGAGCUCUGCUUAAACACCCAGGUGGGCAUUUCGUGCCCAAUGGUAAAGGCUUUGUGACUAAAGUCACUAAUUGGCUACAAAUGCUUGGCAGCUCAGAUUCUCAACCCGAAACUUCUGAUACCACUGCAACCGUUCAAAAUUCAACCCAGCCUGAUCUAGAUGACGAUUUGCUGGCUAUGAUAGACGGUUUGGGUAAAGCGUAG